AACUUUCCUUGGAAAUUCGCGACUUAUCGAUUUAUCGAUACAUGGGCAAUGACUCCUCUUGGAUCGCAUCGUGCAUGCAUUGUUUCUUCCCUGUCUCUCGCAUGUCUAGGCAGCACCGCAGCGAUCAUUGCGCGCCCUAUGACAUAGAAGACACGCCGUCACGCUUACUCGACAACCCCCCGGGUUCCGUCUCUUUAAAGAUACCUGCGUAAUACGUACGACAUCGCUCAGGAGGAUGCUAUCCGACCAUCAGCCCUUCGUAUGGAUGAUUAUCGCAACCUACGCCCGACUGGCUGUGGGCACGCGAGGUAUGUGGACUACCACUUCACUCUCAAUUUUCCUAGAUUUCACAUCCCGCUACGUCGCACCAUUAAGGUUGACUCAUCCCUGUCCGCCGCUCUGUUCGUCGAGCGCUCUUUUCCAUCGCCCUCCGUCGCCCUCCUCUCUCCAGAGCCGCCGCGACAUGUCGUUCCGCUCCUUUGUCUCUCAGAUGUCUGGUUCCCUCGAACACAUUCACAUUCCCUCUUUGGCAGUUUUGAGUAUUUUAGCCCCGCGUUCGCCGUUCGCCGUUCUUUCCCUUGUGCAACCUCAACCCAACUUUGAGCUAGACCACCGCGCAAAAGCGAGCCGUGACCUCAGCCUUGCGCAUUCACUCCUUGCACAAACGCGCAUAGACUCGCAAAACUCUGCAACCCGUCCGUCGUUUACUUCUCUCCUCAUCAGCUUGUCAUUCGUUUGGGAGCCACAAUUGGAACUGAAAGCCAUCUUCUUCACCCUGCGAAAACCUGCCAGCAAACAAACGGCGACACAUAAAAUGAACGAACAUCCGAGAAUACCCGGAGAUAUUGGAGCCUCGAAUAUUCCGCUUACACCGCCGCAAUCGCCAAAGCUGUCGCUCAUUUCCGGUCUCCGGUUGCAGGAAGAACCUACGCCGCUCGCACAAGCUGCAGAGGCCUCUGAAUCGCCAACGCGAGAACUACAACCAGCGAUCCAGUCUCCGCAUUCUCCAGCUUCACCACAGGAUCCGCCAAACCUCUCCCAGUCCUCAGUACGCUCAAUCUGCUCUGCCUCCUCGAAAUGCUCUAACCCUUCCUCCCUCUUUUCUCAUGCAUCAACUUCAUCAUCCGGGUCCACAUCGCCGGCACCGCCACUGCACUUCUACGCUAGCCUACCGAGCACAGAAUGGGGGCGGACGCAGCAUUUGUAUGAUAGCGGGCUGGUUUUCGGGACGUAUGACCUGGGCAACGGAAGGAGAGGUGGGAUUUCCGGGCCGAGUUCAAGCUAUUACGAGGGAAAGUACGAGAGGGCGAACAAGGAGGGGAGAGGCGGAAGCGGCGAUAGUAGCGGUACGGCGGAAGAGGAGGGUGGAGGCGAGACUGAAAAAGGUGGUUAGGGAUUUGGUUGAGAAGGAAAUUGACUAGAAUGUGCACGCGAACCCUCGUGACGCUUCCAAGAGUAGAAGCGCGACUAAGGGGAAGGCAUAUGGAGGUGAUUUAAGGCGAUACCGUGGGUUGAAUGUAAUCAUCAACACACGCAUCUGUCCAUUUAUCGAAUGCGACAU